AUGGACGCGGGCAAUGCGGGCAUAACCCGCGUGAGCGGCCUGAACAAGUACAAGUUGGUCUUCCUGGGGGAACAGGCGGUUGGCAAGACCUCGGUCAUCACGCGGUUCAUGUACGACACCUUCGACAUCAACUACCAGGCAACCAUCGGCAUCGAUUUCCUGAGCAAGACCAUGUAUCUCGAGGACAGAACGGUGCGGUUGCAGCUCUGGGACACGGCUGGCCAGGAACGAUUCCGCAGCCUGAUUCCCAGUUACAUCCGGGACUCGUCAGGCGCCAUCGUUGUCUACGAUAUCACCAACCGCGCAUCGUUCUUGAACACGUCCAAGUGGAUCGAGGACGUGCGGUCCGAGAGAGGGACGGACGUGGUCAUCGUGUUGGUGGGCAACAAGGUUGACUUGACCGACAGGAGGCAAGUCACCACGGAGGAGGGGGAGCAGAAGGCGAAGGAGAACGGGGUGAUGUUCAUCGAGACGAGCGCGAAGAUGGGCUACAACGUCAAGGCCCUCUUUCGCCAGCUUGCGCAGAACCUCCCCGGCCCCGACGAGACCGCCGGCGACGGCGCCCCAGCGCAGAACAUAACUCUGAACCCGCAUCCCACGCAGGACGCCGCGGGUAAGUCGGGUUGCGCGUGCUGA